AUGACAAAUGAAAAUAAUACAGUUGAUAUAUCAAAAAAUUGUACAAAUAUCAUAGAUGAUAACAUUUCUGGUAUAUCUUCACAAAAAGGUUUCAUCCGUAGAUGGUUACCUUCUUUUAAUCUUAAUAUACUUAAUUCAUCUAAGUCAUUUUGUUGUAGAAGAAAUAAUUCAACAUUUAUCAUAGAGGUUCCAUUAAGAAAAGAUAUGAUGAAUAUUUUUGAGGAUCAACUAUUAAAUGACAGGACAGUCAAGACAAAUCCAUCAUUAAAUGAUCGCCGUCGAACAUUAUUGAUAAAAAAAAACACAAAAGAUGAAAAUUUUGGAUUUACAAUACAGUCAUAUCUAUUAAAAAGAGAUGGAUCUGAUGAGGUGGAGCCGAUAACAUACAUAGAUUCUGUUAGAAAAAGUAGUCCUGCUUCAAGAGCAGGUCUUAUUGCAGGAGACGUUAUCGUUGCUAUCAAUGGUAAAAUUGUUAUUGAUUACACUCAUGAUCAAUUAAAAGACCUAAUUACAUCAUUAACACAAAUGCGUGUAAUAGUAGUUUUUGAAAAUAUGCAAAAACGUAUUGACUUAUCUAAAAGGCAAAUAGAAUUAGAGCAUAUAUUAGAAUCAAAAUUAGGAGAACUUGAUCAAUUGGAAAUAGAGGAAAAAAAUAUAUAUCUUAACGCAACAGAAAAAAGAUUUAAUUUUUCAAAAUCACAAAUUUCAAUGUCAUCAAAUGGAUCAUCAAGUAAAGAUUCUGCUAUUGGUGGAUCAGUUAAAAGUGAUUUAAUAUCAAAUACAUGUACAUCAAUAUCCUCAAAUAAUUCAAUAUCAUCAUAUCAAAAGAUUACCAUACCAUCUGCUACUAGGGAAGUUUGUUAUAAUUCAAAGAUAUCAUUAGAAGGAGAAUCAGAUGAAUCAAACGUGAAAGGAUUGUCAACAAGAUUUGCUUCAAGUUUUUUUAUAUAUCAACAUCAAAAAAUUCCUUCUAGUAUUAGAUUAGCACUACUAUCAACAUCUGUUCAUCACAUGUCUCCUAAAAAGUUGUCUCAAGAACCUGAUGGAAUAUUAAAUAAGUGUAAAAAAUCUUUUGAAAUGAACUUUCCCACAAUGUAUGCUUUUCAAAAGCACCUUUUUGAUGGAUGCAAAUCUUGUGUUUCAGAUUUAAAAAUGUAUAAUAAUUUACGUAAAAGACAAAAAAAUAAUGAAAAAAGUUUAGAAGAUUUUGAUAAAAAAGAAUUAGAAUGUCUUAUAAAGACAUCAUCUGAUCGUACCAAGCUAUAUUUAAUUGCUUUUGUGGCUGUUCUACCACUAACAAUUUAUCCUUUAGCAUUAGCAAUUGUUUUUUUACCAAGAAUAUCUGUUACACAUCAUUUUUGGACUAAAAAAAAUUAUAAAAAUUUUUUUUCAAUAAAUGUUGCUUUAAAAUAUAAUUUGCAUUAUGACUCACUUUUAUCAGGUAUAAAAAUUAAAGAAUCAUCUAAUUUACCAUUAAAAUUUUGUGAGAUUAACAAAGAUUUAAUUAAUAUUCCAAAAUUAGAAGAAAUGGAUUUCGAACAAAGGUUUAAUUUGUCGCUUUUUCAUCAAGUAUCUCUUUUUAAUGCAAUUAAUAAUCUUAAAGAAAAAUCUUUUCUCAUUUACUGUCUUGAUAAUAAACUACGUGAAGAAUUAAAUUUAAAUGUAGAUAAGAUGAAUGAAGAAGAAGUAAUCAUGCAACUAUAUAUGAGAAAAAUAUACUUUGAAAAUACCGAUAAUGUUGAAGUAUUAAAAAAAAAGUUAAAGGAAUGGCUUAAAUAUUCUGGAAACUUUUACAUUAAAGGCCAUGAAAGUUUUUUACUUUAUGCACCUAUUAUAGAAAAAGGAUCAAGUUGUUAA